GCACACAAUAAGACCCUAAUUUUAUUUUUCAAUAUAUCAUUCUCUCAAUCAAGAGAGACCAGCGGCCCCCUCACCUAUCUCUCAUCUCUCUCAACUUUUGAGAGCACCAGUCGGCCGUCCUCAACCACCGCUACCGUCAAUCCCUCUGCCUCCCCUCCCCUCCAAUUGUUUUCCUCCCGUCGCAAGAUCUCUGAACCCACAAUCGAUAUGUAACAGUGGAGACGUAUUGUGGUUUUAAAGAUAAAUACUGGUCUUUAAAGUUCAUUUUUAUGGCUUUUCCCGUUCGGGAAUCGCUACAUUUGGUAUCAGAGCCGACGAUUCUCUGCUGGCCAUUGGUGUUAAUAGCGGAGAGACGGAAAAAUAUGAAUUCCAGUGGAUGUUCGAAUCAGUUAGAGCAACAGAUCCAAGCUUUCAUUGAUAGAUCGAACAAAAAGUUGCAGCAUGUAGAAGAACGAUAUCAACAUCUUUCUAGGACCUCCUAUAUUUCACUAAAUCAGUGUGGGGUUCAAAGGUCGGAGAGUGGGCAAUGGGUUGCCAGCUACCCAUUUGCAUAUCAUUAGUAUUCCGGUGCAAAUACACAUACCUAUCGAGAGUUCUCCGGGGUUGAGCAUUAUAAUGAAAAUCCAUAUGCAUACACUUACUCUCAUCAGUAUUACAGUCUAGCUCAUCAAUAUCACAUUCCAGCCCUAAGUUCCAAUUCCUAUGGGUGUGAGUAUUACUAUGGUGACUCACGUCCGUACUCUUAUCAUGUUCCAUAUGCUUAUCAGAUUGACAAUAAUAACCCAGGUUUCUAUUUUGUUCAAUUCCGUGAUGGUUCGGUAGUGUCGAUGAAUGCGGCAUGGUUGGAGAGCUUGCUUAACUCUAGUGCCAAGCAUUUAGAGACUGGUCACCCUUUAGCAAGCGAUGAUUCAACAAUGAAAGAUGAUGAUUUAGCAAAGAAACAUUCUGAAAAUAUCGAAUACCAGCUGUUCGACAAAUUGCCCCAAAAGAAUGGAAGUGAAUCCCUGGUUAAGUUUCAGUCUAUAAACGAAAAGGAGGAGAUAAUGGCGGAUGUGGUAAGUUCUGAGGUGUUUGCUAAUGGAGUCGGGAGUAAUUCCACUGGCCUUGGGCAAGAGGAUUCGGGAAAAUGAGUCGACACUUUGCAUGAGCAUAGGGACUUACAAUCAAGGGAUGCUGAGGAAACUUCAGGUCAAGCAGGUCAAGAGGAUGGAGGAAGGGUAAUUGAAGAUGCAGGAUUAUUUGUCAUUUUUCCACCUGGUGUUUCGCCAGUAGCUACACCAGUAUUGGGUGCUAAAAUUUCGGAGGUACAUUAUACAUCCCUUGCAUUUUCCAAUUGCAAUAAGGACCAGGUUUUUGAAAUUGAUCCAGAUGUUGUGAAACCAGAGAAUUGGAAUAAGAAGGUUCCAGUUGGGAUCAAAAGUGAAUAUGAGGAAAAUUCUGGAAAUAAAGAGAGGCAAGUGUUUCACAAUUGUUCCCACGAAGAUAAAGUUGGAUUUCUGGUUACUAUACUGACAUUAACUGAUCUUUUCCUUACAAAAGCUCAAAGUGAACUCAAUUGCGAGAGUUUUGUAUUAGCUGAACUCUGGUUAUAUGAGCUAAGGGGAAGGUUCUCUAGUGCUAUUGAUCAAGCCACUCGGAAGGAGUUGAACGAAACUGAAAGGCUUAAUGUAAUUCUUCGUAUGAAGCCUCAUCAACAAUGUGACUAGUAAGUUGGUUUUUGACAAGUUAGUUCGUGAUAGUAUGGCAAGUCGAAAAGAAGCUGUAGCUAAGGGUCCAAGUCCAAUAUCUGGUGCUAAUCGAUACAUUUGGUGCGUCCAAAAUUACUUGGGCAUGUAUAAAGGAAAUUUGUUAGAGGACACGGCAAUACUACUGGUGAAUAUGGACAGUAAUUCGCUGGACACAAGGCAAGCAAUGAUGAUAAUAUGCUCAAGAGAGAGCGACAUGAAGCCUCGCUUUCCAAUGAUGGAUUGUUUAUUAGCGGCAAAGACUAAUCCAUUGGAUGGAAGCAGUUAUGAAGUAAUCCGUGAUGCUAAUAAGACAGUAGUGUUGUGGUUUUCUCAAUUUACAUGUUCGAGUAGGAAAGUAAUUAUGGAUAAUGAUAUUGGAGGAAGCACCUCUCUUCAAUCAGGAUGUGAAGACAGUGAUGGUACCUUUGAGGUGCUGCUUACUGUGAGUAUUAUCUAUAUUGGUGAUCAUACUGUUCAAAUGAAAAUGGCGAUGCAAUGUACUGUAUAUUGGAGUACAGCAAGCGUUGUACACCUGGUUGCUUGGGUAUGUGGGGUUAUGACUUCUAUUGCUAGAGUUCAACAGCAACUAGAAGUUUUGCAUUGGUCAUCAGAAUCAUUGAGAGAAGAAUUGGUUCAGCGUGGGUAUAAAUGUAUUUCGCUGGACACUGGCCAAGGAACCACUACUCUAGCAACAAGGUUUGAAGGUUGUGAGACCUAGUGCAUGAAGGAUAUGUUUGAUAGGACAAUAGAUGUUGGAGUUGAGGCUGCAGAAUUAAUUGGGCAAAUGAUUUAUGAUCAUGUUAGCUUUUUAGUUACAUUGGUUGCUUGUAGAUAUGUCUGCUCAUUAAUUUAUGUGUGGAAAACAUUGGCAUCAAGGAGCGAAGACCAAAAGACGAAGCCUCAACGACUACAUUUUACUUGUACAGGGGAAUUCUUGAGAAAUUUUGAACAAAUGGAGAAUGUUUUAGAUGUCAGUGUUAAGUUGCCAAAAAUGAGACCUCUUCAUUCAGGUUGCAAAUAUUUUGAUAUCCUUGAAGUGGUAGAAUCUUCUGGUGAAAUUUUCAUUCUUGUAGUAUUUGGCACUUGCACAUAUAAUGAAUUUCACACUUCUGUCAUAUCACUUCUUUCAUCUUCUAGUGGCAUAGAGGUGAAUCAUUCUGAGAUUAAAAUCAAGGGAAAUUCUGGACUAACAUAGCAAUCACAUUGUGGUUACCCAAAGAAGGCUAUAUUCUUUAUUAACGAGAUGGUAAAAAACAAGCAGCUAUCAACUGGUUCUGUUUCUUUUGUUAGUCAUUAUGUAUUAAUUCAAGAAACAAAAGUUUAUUGGUUUGUUCAGAAUAGUUCAAGAGGGACCGAUGUUCUCCUAAAUGCAAAUGGGGAUAGUAGUUCAAUCAAAGCUUUUACUUUGUUCAUUGGUAGUGGAAGCAUAUUGGUCUUGGUAGUUGCUGGUUACAUUCAUCAUAGAUGUUGGUGGCGGAGAGUAUUACUGCAAUGUGUUCAAGGUGGUCUUCUUUGUAAAGAAGCUGGUGAAGAAACCAGAAAAUGUUGUCUAUUGCAUAUUGCUUCUUUUCUUCCUAGCAUUGAAGCUAUUAGUGUUUUUGACUUGAAUGAAUUCUUCCAAUGUCUAAUGGGAUCCUUCUAUCAGAUUUUACAUGUGCAAUUGAUUGCCAAUGAUAUUUUGAGUAACAAAAUGUAAGGAAGUGGGCAUAAGAACAUCACUGCUGCUACAAACAAGUACACACUAAUUUUUCUCUAUUUGCAAGUCGGCCAUGAUUACGACUUUACAAGACUAUUCUGUUGCAAUUUGCAGUAUCCAAACCAUGAGGACAAGGUUUGUUUUAAAGAGGUAUGGAAUGUAAUAGUGGAGACGUAUUGUGGUUUUGAAAAUAAAUACUGGUCUUUAGAGGUUUAGUCUCUGAAGUCUAAUUAAUUAUAAUUCUAAGAUUAUUAGAUUACUUAUUGUCAAAUUGAGUCCUUAGUUAUUUGCUGUUGAAUCCCUGAAGGUAGAAGCAUAAUUAGCAUCCAAGUGUCUAGUUUGUUAGGAAGUUAUUUCUGUUUUCUCUAUAUUCCUUUUUACUCAUCCAUUUCCAGUUGAAUGAAAAAUCAAAUUUUAUCUUCUUGUUUUCUCUGUUUUCUUUUCCUUGAUUUCUUAGUUCAUUUUUAUAGCUUUUCCCGUUCGGGAAUCGCUACAGGCUACUAUUUCGUCGGAGCUGCUCUUAGAUCUGACCAAAUUUUUCAUUUUUCCAAUGAACUCUGUUAACUCUGGCGAAACCUGUUGUCUUGGUAGUGCAGGCGCUGUUCCGGUACCGUCACUGUUACAGUAACUCCGCCGGCCAGUGUCGCUGAGUCGUUCUUCGUCUCGUUCAAAAUCAGAUCUGGUUGGACCACACGUUUUCCGAUGAGCCAUGUACUUUGGCCACUGUGAGAGCGCUCAGAUUUGGUUUUCGUGUGGCUUUUUCCACCAUAAUACAUUGUUUAAUACUACUGUUAUAGCUAUUUUGCUACUAAUUCUAGUGUUUGUUUGGAUUUUCCGGCGACUGAGUGUUUUGGUCGUUUCUGUUGGCCUUCGUCUGUUUUGCUGUUUAUGUGGCUUUUUGUUUUGUUGGCUGAUAUUUUCAAGUUCUGGCUUCGCUUUUGUUCUCGCUAGUUUGGUUAAUUCACAGUAUUGGUUUUGACAGUGUCGUUUGCACAGUGUUACAGAUGUUACUUUACUUGUUUGUUUGACCGUUUGGGAUGGCAGACGCUUUGAACGAUACUAACUUGACACAGCCGAUGAGAAUAAUUUUUUGAGGCCACGACCUAUCGAAUGACCCUCCGAAUUGAGCCCUAAAUAACGAGGCGAUGAUAAAAAACAUCGAAAAAUAAAAGACGACGAUGAGAUGAGCCAAUAAAACAGUUGGAGGGCGACACGGUCGGCCGCCGUAGUCACAGCCAAGAUAGUUCUC